UGCCUGCCUGUGCAGCUCGGAGCGCGCAGCCCGUCUCUGAAUAAGAAGUGAGUACAAUGGCGUGUUGUUUGUAAAAGCUUCAAGUCCGUCUUUAAAAAAAAAAAAAAAUUGUGAAUGCUGCAUGCCUCAUGCUUCCCAGCGCCUCGCGGGAGAGAGCCGGCUAUAGAGCAGGAGUGGCGGCCCCUGAUUUGCUGGAUCCUAAGUCUGCUGCUCAGAACUCCAAACCCAGGCUGUCCUUCUCCACCAAACCCACCGUGCUUGCUUCCCGGGUGGAGAGUGACACGACCAUCAAUGUUAUGAAAUGGAAGACGGUCUCCACGAUUUUCCUGGUGGUUGUCCUCUAUCUCAUCAUCGGCGCCACCGUGUUCAAAGCCUUGGAGCAGCCUCACGAGAUUUCCCAGCGGACCACCAUCGUGAUCCAGAAGCAGACGUUUAUUUCCCAGCACGCCUGUGUCAACUCAACCGAGCUUGACGAACUCAUCCAGCAAAUAGUGGCAGCAAUAAAUGCAGGGAUUAUACCUUUAGGAAACACCUCCAAUCAAAUCAGUCACUGGGAUUUGGGAAGUUCCUUCUUCUUUGCUGGCACUGUUAUUACAACCAUAGGAUUUGGAAACAUCUCACCACGCACAGAAGGGGGGAAAAUAUUCUGUAUCAUCUAUGCCUUACUGGGAAUUCCCCUCUUUGGCUUUCUGUUGGCUGGAGUUGGAGAUCAACUAGGGACCAUAUUUGGAAAAGGAAUUGCAAAAGUGGAAGAUACAUUUAUUAAGUGGAAUGUUAGUCAAACCAAGAUACGAAUCAUCUCAACAAUCAUCUUUAUUCUGUUCGGCUGUGUACUCUUCGUCGCUCUGCCUGCAAUCAUAUUCAAGCACAUAGAAGGCUGGAGUGCCCUGGACGCCAUUUAUUUUGUGGUUAUCACCUUAACCACCAUUGGCUUUGGUGACUACGUCGCAGGUGGAUCGGAUAUUGAGUACCUAGACUUCUAUAAGCCUGUUGUGUGGUUUUGGAUCCUUGUAGGGCUUGCUUACUUCGCUGCUGUCCUGAGUAUGAUUGGAGACUGGCUCCGAGUGAUAUCAAAAAAGACAAAGGAAGAGGUGGGAGAGUUCAGAGCCCAUGCUGCUGAGUGGACGGCCAACGUCACGGCUGAAUUCAAGGAAACCAGGAGGCGGCUGAGCGUGGAGAUUUAUGACAAGUUCCAGCGCGCCACCUCCAUCAAGCGGAAGCUCUCUGCAGAACUGGCUGGGAACCACAACCAGGAGCUGACUCCCUGUAGGAGGACCCUGUCCGUGAACCACCUGGCCAGCGAGAGGGACGUCCUGCCUUCCUUACUGAAAACAGAAAGUAUCUAUUUGAACGGAUUGACACCACAUUGUGCAGGCGAGGAAAUUGCUGUUAUUGAGAACAUUAAGUAGCCCUCUCUUUGAAGAGCCUCAGGCAUAGCCAUUAGGUGAGGACUUCUAUAUGCUCUUUAUGACUGUUGCUGGUAGCAUUUUUAAAAUUGUGCAUGAGCUCCAAAGGGGGAAAAAAAAUAGAUACACCCAUCAUGGUCAUCUGCCAUCAAGAGAAUUUGGAAUUCUGAGCCAGCACUAUUUUUUUUUUUUUUUUUGAUGAUGCUUGUUGGAACAGUCCACUUUCUUUGACAAGUGGACUAAAACAAGCGAUGUCUGAUGCCUUUUUUGUGCCCAGACUGUUUUCCCCCCUCUUUUCCUAAUGUGCCAUAAGGCCUCAGAAUGAAUUAUAAUUGUUUCUGGUAAUAAUGUAGCUUUGAGGGAUCAGUCCUUACUUUUCAGGGUCUACCUAACUGAGCCUAGAUAUGGACCAUUUAUGGAUGACAACAUUUCUUUUUGUAAAUGGCAAGAAAUUCUUAUGCAGCCUUUUACCUAAGAAAUUUUCUGUCAGUGCCUUAUCUUAUGAAGAAACAGAACCUCUCUAGCUAAUGUGUGGUUUCUCCUUCCCUGCCCCACCCCUAGGCUCAACUCCACAGUCCUUUUCCCCACAACUCCCGUUUGAAUACCAUACCUUGCUGGAAAAGUGUGUAAAAUGACCGAAGUGAUGAUGCCCGAAGAAGGAAUAGAUGCCAAAUUAGAUGGACACUGAAGCAACACUCAGAAACCCUAGCGUUACAGGCACUGCAGAGAAAUGAGGUGCAGAGAUGGCCCCUCUGAGUAUUUAUUUGACUCGGGUACCAAUGGUACAUGUAUACAGUGUAAUUAUUACCAGGCCAGUAAAAUUGACUGCUCCCAAACAGUCCCUUUUUUUCCUGGCAGUAUUUAAAAUUUAUCAUUUAUUACUAUGAUGUAUAUAUAUAUGUGUGUAUAUACAUAUAUAUAUAUAUACACAUCU